CUUUUCUUGGCAGAGUGUCUUAACUACUAUGUGCAUAUAUCGUGGCUAGUGAUUUCCCCAAUUUAGAGGAGCCCGCGCCUCAACUGAAGUCUACGCAUUAUAUAGACCGCAUAGGAGCAACUUAGUCAUCAUUGGUCUCAUUAUCGAUAUGGGGGUCCUUUCAGAGAUGAAAACCGUGUUAAUUACAGGAUGUAGUCCUGGUUCUAUUGGCGAGGCUUUGGCAAAGGAAUUCUUACUUCAUGAUCAGUUUGCGGUUUGUGUGACGUCAUUACCAGGAGAAGAACUCCCAGAGCUAGAAUCGCUAGGCGCUACUUGCUUUCCUGUGGACGUUACUUCUACGAACAGCGUGAACGCCUUGAAUUAUGCCGUCGUCGAGAAUAUGGGUUAUAAUCUUGACAUACUCAUCAAUUGUGCUGGAAUGAAUUACGUUAUGCCAGCCCUUGAUGUUGAUGUUGAUGAGCUCAAGCGCAUUUUUGAUGUCAAUCUCUUUGGCACUGUCCGAAUGAUUCAGGCAUUCUCUACCAAUUUGAUCAACCGUAAAGGACUUAUUGUAAAUGUGGGAUCUCUCGCCGCAUAUGCACCAUACGUUUUUGGGUCGUCCUACAAUGCCAGCAAGGCAGCUUUGCUUGCCUACAGCAACACUCUGCGAAUAGAACUGAGCCCUUGGAGCGUCCGAGUAAUGACAAUCAUAGCUGGACCAGUAGUCAGUGGCUUGAUGACUCGAAAACAAAGAACGCUACCGAAAGACUCAAGAUAUCAGCCAAUUGUGGAGGCUUUCAACCAGCGGACAACGCACGACAAACAUGGUGUUCAGGCAAUGCCUACUCGCGAGUUUGCCCAAUCUGUUUUGAAACAGGUGUUGAAGUCUAAACCACCUCAUUCCUAUUGGAUCGGGCCAUUCACAAACAUGGUUUGGUGGUUGGAAACUUUGGGCCUAGCUUCUGUAUGGUCUUGGUUCUUCCGGAAGCGAUUCCAAUUAUGGAAAUUGGACCGACAUUAACAAUACAUUUCCCUUUAAGAUGUACUUCGUUCGAUACCUAUUAUGCGAUAGCUUUCACACCUAGCUAGUGAUCACACAGACGUGCCGUUGUUUAUGUGAUCUAAUUUAAUCCCACUCGUACUCUUGGACUCAAUAUCGG